GUUUGGCUUACUCAUAUUAGCUUUACCGUUAAAUUAUUAAUUUUUUCAUGAAUUGCAUCAGUUUAAUUAGCCGCACCAGUUGACCAGCCAAUCCAGCUCAUCUGUUUACUGACUCAUCACCGUCCUGGAACAGAUCAAUGACAGAGGUGUCAUCUGAAAACUUCAGAAAUUUCACAGACAGAUCAUUUCAGGUGCAGUCAUUUGUGUGCAGGGAGUAGAGGAGUGGGGCGAAAACACACCCCUGUGGGGUGCCAGUGCUGAUGGUAAUUUUGUGUAAAAAGAUGCUCUCCUGCUUCAACUGCUGCUCAAUUUGGGAGGCCGGUGAUCCACUGACAGAUUGAGGCACUACACCAAAGCACUGAAUCAAUAUUUUCACCAACAGGGUUUGUGGCGUUUCAAGUGUGUAACCAGAGAAGCCCAAGAUACAGUAAGCAAUAUGAGCAGCUGCUUAGGAUCUCAGCCGAAAGAAGGCCUCCAGAGCAUGAGAAGAGUCACAAAGGUCAGAUUUAAAGAUCUGAAUUAGGUGUUUGGUAAUCAUACAAAACAAAAUCUAUCUAUUUAUUCAUCCAUUCAUCCAUUGUCCUCACCCUUUUCAAGAUCAGGUCGUUGGGGCAAUAGAUCCAGGAGGAAUCUCCUGCUCAUACGGAACCUCUACAUGUAAUCACAGGACAAAAGCGAAGUCCCUUCACCGACCAUGACUGUUACAUGAUAAACCUGGACAUUGGAUUGCCCUCAAUUGGGAUUAGAGCUCAAAGAAACAGAACCUACCCCGGCUGAAGGUAUGGGUCCAGCUCUGGUGGUCCUACUGUUUUCAGCAUCUCUCCUGUCCAGUGGUAAUGGUGGAAAAGUGCUUGUUUUCCCAGUGGACGGCAGUCACUGGCUAAACAUGAAAAUAAUUCUGGAAGCGUUACAUUCUCGGGGACAUCAGAUAACAGUGUUCCGCUCCUCAACCAGCUGGUAUGUUUCUGAAUCUUCACCCAUUUACACGUCCAUCACGAUUGCCCAGGAACAGCCCCAAAACAUCGAGAGCCAAGAUGUCAUGACCUCUUUCCUUGAGAGGUCUAUGGAGAUCCGUCGCAAUAAAGGCACGUUAUGGGCUUUUUUUGAGUUUUACAGGAACCUUUUUCAAUUGUUUGGAGAAAACCAGAAGGACGUGGCAAAGCUGGUCAUCAGCAUUUUUGAGAAUAAGACUCUGCUCAGGCAGCUCAAUGAAACUGGAUAUGAUCUCUUUCUGACAGACCCUGCUUUUCCAGGAGGAGUGCUGCUGGCACACUAUCUUAAGCUUCCCUUGGUUUUGAAUGUGCGCUGGAUUUCCAGUGGAGAAGGUCAUUCUGCUGUUGCUCCAUCUCCACUGUCCUACAUUCCUGCAGUAUUCUCCCAUUUCUCUGACAAAAUGCAUUUUUCCCAAAGAGUCCAAAAUAUUAUCUUUCACGGCAUGUUGGUCUACAUGCACUACUAUGUCGCUAACCCACCAUUCCAGGCCGUAUGUGAAAAAUAUCUUGGAGAUAACAUAACCACCUUCUCUCUGGUGCAAGCCGCCGAUCUCUGGCUAAUGCGGGUCGAUUUUACCUUUGAGCUUCCUCGACCCACCAUGCCCAACGUCAUCUACAUCGGAGGCUUCCAAGGCAAACCCUCAAAACCUCUGCCAUUAGAAUUAGAGGAGUUUAUGCAAAGCUCUGGGGAACAUGGAGUAAUUGUGAUGACUCUGGGCACUCUGCUAAGUGACCUUGGGCCUGAGGUGUCAGAAACCUUUGCAUCAGCAUUUGCCAGCCUCCCUCAGAAAGUUGUGUGGAGACAUAUUGGUAAACGACCACCCACUCUAGGGAAUAACACCAUGCUGGUUGAUUGGUUGCCUCAAAAUGACAUCCUCGGCCAUGUUAAAGCAAAGGUAUUCAUCACACAUGGGGGCACAAAUGGCAUCUACGAGGCCAUCUACCAUGGUGUACCAGUUCUAGGUAUUCCACUCAUCUUUGACCAGUACGACAACAUCAUCCGUCUGACAGCCCGCGGUGUGGCAGAGAUAGCUGAUGUGACAACGAUGACUGUUGACUCUCUGACAAUUGCUCUGAAGACCAUUUUAGACCCAGAAAAGCCCUACAAGCAGAACAUGAUCAAACUAUCACAACUCCACCAUGACAAACCUAUGAAACCCAUUGAUAGCGCUGUUUUCUGGAUAGAGUAUGUCAUGAGGCAUCGAGGUGCAGCACACUUGCGAUCCGAGUUUUAUAAGCUUCCCUGGUAUGCCUACCAUGGUCUAGAUGUCAUGGCAUUCUGUGUAACAAGUGUGUUGCUUAUCAUUUCUAUCAUCUGGGUUUCCUGUAGAAGCUGCAUUAACAUUUUGAUAAAAAACAGGAAGUCAAAGCCUGAAUAGAGGAAGUGAUAACAAAUUGAGCUUGUUUUCAUUUGUAAGAAACGGUAAGAAUUUACACUACAUGGCAUGCAUCACUACUUAAAUGUUCUUGAUAAUACUGUAAUGAAGCACACAGUAUGUACUGUAAAUCUAUUAUUUCAAACAAGCUAUUAUUUUAACAAUUCAUCAUAUUCACAUUUUAUAUUCAGAGGGACAAUUACUGUGCACCUUCAAAUGGAUUUAUAUUCUUCAUUUUUUCUUUCAUAUUGUCAAUUGUGUACAGGAUUUUUGCAGGAUCGCAAUGACACAUUGCUGCCACAUUGCUGCCACAUUAUCAGUGGUUGUGCAAUGUUUGUACUGGCAUUUGUUUAAUUUUGGCAUUUCUGAUGAAGCUCAUCCUCUGCUGCUUUAGAUUAGAUCACUAACUUUAGAUUAAAUUAUCUUGUUAUUCUAUUACUAUAAACUGUGUAACUCUGUAUGUGAUUUUAUCACUGUCAUGCCUGAAUUUCCCAUUGUGGGAUGAUAAAGCAUUUCUUAUCUUAUAUUCAAGAUGUGGUAUUAGCAGGGUUGUCACAGUUCAAACAUUUCAAACUCGAUACCAACACUAAGGAAUGUACAAGAUAGACGAAGACGCAGCAGACACAUCCUCAGUGAGAGCAUUUCUUGCCUCACUGGAUUUGCCAUUGAUAGGAACAGAUCAAAACAAUAGGCUGACAAUAAAUAACUGAGGAGGAGAUUAAUAAAGCAAUUUCAAAAAUGAAAGGGAAUAAGAUGGCAGGUGAGGACGGCUACCCAGCAGAGUGGUAUAAACACUUCCGAAAAUUAUUCACUUCACUGCUUAAGGACUGCUUGAUUCAUGUACUUUCUGGAGGGGAAACACCACCAUCUUGGAGAAGAGCAGUGAUCUCAGUGAUUCCUAAGCCAGAUAAAGAUAAAACAGAAUGUGGUUCAUGCAGACCAAUAUUAGUUUUAAACAUUGAUUACAGAAUAUUUGCAACAAUACUGGCUAAAAGGCUGGAAUUUAUAAUCCCAGAAAUUACAGACAAUUACAGAUCAAACCGGUUUUGUUCACAACAGGCAAACCCAUGACAACGUGAGGCAGGCGCUUCACCUCAUAGAUCGAAUGAAAAGCACGGACUCGAUAGCUGUCAGUUUAGAUGCAGAAAAGGCGUUUGACUCAGUGUGUUGAAACUAUCUUUAUUUGGCUUUGGAAAGAUUUGGGUUUAACAAUCAAAUUAUAGGUUGUCUUCGGUCUCUGUAUGAGUCACUCUCUGCCAGGAUUAAGAUUAAUGGGGAUUUAUCAGAUAAAAUACAAUUAGGAAGGGGCUGUCGCCAAGGCUGCUCCCUCAGUCCCACAUUGUUUGUGCUUUUUAAUGAGCAUCUAUCACAGGCUGGAACAUCAGAGAAAACAAGAACAUUAUGGGUGUAGCCAUUAAAGGCAUAACGCACAAGAUAUGUCUCUACGCUGACGAUGUGCUAACUAACCUGGAAGUCAGCCUACCUAAUCUUCUUUCUUUACUCAAGACAUUUGGCACUUACUUAGGGUAUAAAUCAAAUCUAAAAGUACCGUUGAACAUAUGGCAUAACAUAUUGAAGCAAGUAAAGAUUGAAAGAAUUGCCCGAAUUUUAAGAUGGCCUGCUUAUGAUAGAGAUUUUCUCCCUGCAAGAAUGGAUAAGAGAUUUACACAGUGGUCACAAAAAGGUAUAACAAAUUACUAAAAGAUUACAAGCAAUAGUGAAUUAAAAAGUUUUAAACAACUUCAAGAUAACUGUAACCUCGAAAAAAAUAAAAUAUUUUUUUAGAUGCCUUUAGCUAAGACACUAUAAAUGUAUAACAUUUUUGGAGGAGGACGAGACCGGUAUACUCAAAAUCCUAUUAGAUUCUAGCAACGGAAGACCUCCCAAAAAACAAUAUCCAAAUUAUACUCAUGUCUACAAAUGGAGAGAAAAUGUAAUACAAUAUAUCUUAAGGUUAAAUGGGAAUAAGAAGCUAAAAUUGCAUAAAUUUGGUUAAAUUUAUGCAAUUCUGUGAUCCACACGUUAAGUUCUGGCCUGUGGAGGGAAUUUUCCUGGAAAUGCAUUGUGCGUUUUUUUUGUUACACCUAACAUUAAAAGUAAACAUUGUAAUGACACUGAGAAGGCAAAGUGUUGGAGGAAUGGUGGGAAUGUGUCUUCUGGGACUGUACUAAGAUCGCACCCUAUUGGUCAGAAGUGAUAAAA